AUGGCGUUGAGCGGCAGGCGGCAACACCAGCAGGUGGGCGGUGCCCAGAGCCACGCCCCCUCUUCCCAGCGUCCUUUGCUGCGCUCCGGCCGGACGUCUCCGGGCGUACACAGACGGCACGGUGUGGAGAGUGAGCGGCGUCUGGCCUCCUCUUCUGGCAUGACGGCCAAGGAGCUCAGUAACCACGACGACCUGGUCACCAGCCUCAUAGUGGACCCUUACCUCGGCUUCACAACACACAAGAUGAACAGCAGGUUCCGGCCAAUCAAGAGUGGUCAUGAGGAUUUGAAGGAGGUGCUUGAGCGGUUCAAGAGGCAUGGUGACGUGGAGAAGGCCUACAGAGCCCUCAUGGCCACCGACAUCACACACACACACACACGCCAACGCAGCAAGACACAGGAGAAACUAUUUAAACAGCACGUGUUUGUUUACCUGCGCAUGUUUGCCAGCAGCAGCGGCUUCGAGAUCCUCCCCUGCAGUCGCUACUCAUCAGAGAACAACGGAGCCAAGAUCGUGGCCACCAAGGAAUGGAGGUGUGAUGACAAGAUAGAGCACCUGGUAGGGUGUAUCGCUAAGAUGACGGCUGCUGAGGAGGAGAGUCUCCUGCGGCACGGGGAGAACGACUUCAGCGUCAUGUACUCCACACGCAAGAACUGCGCUCAGCUGUGGCUCGGACCCGCAGCCUUCAUAAACCACGACUGCCGUCCAAACUGUAAGUUCGUGUCGACGGGUAAGGACACGGCUUGUGUGAAAGUUCUGCGGGACAUCGAGCCGGGCGAGGAGAUCUCCUGUUACUAUGGCGACGGCUUCUUCGGGGACAACAACGAGUUUUGCGAAUGCCACACCUGCGAAAGGAGGGGUACGGGUGCGUUCCGGUCGGCAUCUGGGUCUGGGCUGGCUGUGUCGUCUCCGGUGGCGAGCGGCUCCUACGCCCUGAGGGAGACCAACCUGCGCCUGAACCGACUGAAGAGGAGGAGAGGGGAGAAGAAGAACACACACUCACACACACACUCCGCAGACACACACUCACUCAGCUCACACACCGACACAGAUGCAGAGGUCGAGGCCGAGACGCACAGCG